AUGGACAUCUUCCAGCCUGCCACCAACUGGGGAUGGCGGCACCCGUCCUCACCACCUGUGGUGGACACCGUGCAUGGCAAAGUCCUGGGGAAGUAUGUGAGCUUGGAAGGCUUUGAUCAGCCUGUGGCUGUUUUCCUGGGAGUCCCUUUUGCCAAGCCCCCUCUUGGAUCCCUGAGGUUUGCUCCACCACAGCCUGCAGAGCCCUGGAACUUCGUGAAGAAUACCACCUCCUACCCUCCCAUGUGCUCCCAAGAUGCAGUGGCAGGACAGGUGCUCUCGGAACUCUUCGCCACCAGCAAGGAGAGCGUUCCCCUCAAGUUCUCCGAAGACUGUCUUUACCUAAAUAUUUACACUCCUGCUGACUUAACGAAGAAAAGCAGGCUGCCGGUGAUGGUGUGGAUCCAUGGAGGUGGUCUGUUGGUGGGCGGGGCAUCAACCUACAAUGGGCUGGCAUUGUCUGCCCAUGAAGACGUGGUGGUGGUGACUAUUCAGUAUCGCCUGGGGAUCUGGGGAUUCUUCAGCACUGGGGAUGAGCACAGCUAUGGGAACUGGGGUCACUUGGACCAGAUAGCUGCACUGCGCUGGGUCCAGGAGAACAUUGCCAACUUUGGAGGCGACCCAGGCUUGGUGACCAUCUUUGGAGAGUCUGCAGGAGGUGAAAGUGUCUCUGUUCUUGUUUUAUCUCCUCUGGCCAAGAACCUCUUCCAGCGGGCCAUUUCUGAGAGCGGUGUGGUCUUCACUGCUGCUCUGUGCCAGAACAACAGCAGGUCCACAGCUGAGCAAAUUGCUAUCUUUGCUGGGUGUAAAACUACCACCUCUGCUGUCAUGGUUCACUGUCUGCGCCAGAAGACAGAGGAGGAACUCUUGGAGACCUCACUAAAGAUGAACUUGUUCACUCUUGAUUUACUUGGAGACCCCAGAAAGAGCGUUUCCUUCCUGCCCACUGUGCUUGAUGGAGUGCUGUUGCCGAAAUCAGCUGAAGAGAUCAUAGCUGAAAAGAAUUUCAACACCGUCCCCUACAUUGUUGGAAUCAACAAGCAAGAGUUUGGUUGGAUUCUUCCAACAAUGAUGAGCUACCCACUCUCUGAAGGGAAACUGGACCAGAAGACGGCUGCAUCACUCCUGUGGAAGUCAUAUCCAUUUGUUGGCAUCCCUGAGGAACUGACUCCAGUGGUCACUGAGAAGUACUUAGGUAGGACCGAUGACCCUGUCAAAAAGAAAGACCUGUUCCUGGACAUGCUUGCAGAUGGAGUAUUUGGUGUCCCAUCUGUGACUGUGGCACGCCAUCACAGGGAUGCUGGAGGCCCCACCUACAUGUAUGAGUUUCAGCAUCACCCAAGCUUCUCAUCAGAGAUGAAACCCAAGACGGUGGUAGGAGACCACGGGGAUGAGCUCUUCUCGGUCUUCGGGUCCCCGUUUUUAAAAGAGGGUGCCACAGAAGAGGAGGUCAAACUCAGCAAGAUGAUGAUGAAAAUGUGGGCCAACUUUGCUCGGAAUGGGAACCCCAAUGGAGAGGGGCUGCCCCAUUGGCCAGCAUAUGACCAGAAGGAAGGGUACCUGCAGAUUGGUGUUACCACGAAGGCAGCACAGAAGCUGAAAGACAAGGAGGUUGCAUUCUGGACUGAGGUCCUGGCCAAGAAGGCAGCAGAGAAGCGACCACAGACAGAGCACGUGGAGCUGUAA